UGGCGUACUAAACGACACAAUCAAAUAUAGGACGGUAUAGAAAAGUUGGCUUUUUUGAUCUCGUAAGACAGACUUCUCAAUAAUUACUUACAGAUACAUUUGAAGAAAUACAUAGCAAUCAUGUUUGCCAAGUUUAUGAACAAGAAGGACUUCCAUCCUGGAUCCAAUGCGAACAUUAAAAGGGUAUGGAUGGCAGAGCAGAAACUUAUGGCUGACAAACAAAAACAACAAGAGUUGAAUGAACAGUACCAAAGAGAACAAGAUAAAUACCAAAAUAGACAAAUGGUGAGCAACGAUGAGAAGCUGAAGUCAGGGCUAGGAUUCUUGUAUGAUGCUCCUCCGGGAUUUGAUAAAGAAAAAGAAAAGAAUAAAGAAGAAGAGGAGGAGCCAAGAUUUGAAUGGCAGAAAGGAGCACCGAGAGAAGGAUACACAAAGAAUCUUAAUCUAGCUGUAAGAGAUCAACCGUUUGGCAUCCCAGUGCGUAAUGUCAGAUGCAUCAGAUGUGGCAAAUGGGGGCAUGUCAACACUGACAGAGAGUGCCCUAAGAUGAACAAAACUUCGCUUUCAAAAAGUGAUCCAUCAACAUUUGCAGAUGUGACAGACCCUGCUCAACUCAUGAAGGACAUGCGUAACGAUGGACUAGCCCUAAAACAAGGUGUUCUAGGAAGAAAGUUUAAUCCACGCGACCCAAACCAGCAAAUUCUGGCAUCUGACGAUGAAGAACAAGAUCCCGAGGCAGAAUUUCUUGCGUCGCUGACAGACAAACAAAAGAGAAAAUUACUGAGAAAACUCGAUAAGCUGGAAAGGAAAGAACAAGAAGGUGAAAGUUCCAAAAAUAAAGCGAAGAAAAAGAAGAAACGUAGUCGUAAGUCGCGAGCAAGCGACAGCGAAGAUGAUGACGAAAGAAAGCCAAAAAAUGAUAGACAAAAUAACAGAGAUUCAUCUUCAGAUUCAGAAGAACGUCAAGAUAGAAAGAAAACGAAAGCUAAGCGAAGUAAACGUUAUGUUUCUUCGGACUCCGAUGAGGAGAGAGACAGGGAAAAAAGUAAAGACUCUCGCCGAAGUGAACGUUAUUCAGAUUCUGAGGAAAAAGGAGAGAGACAUUACGCCAAAGAAUCUUCUAGCGAUAGAAAACACAGAGGAAAGGAAAGUAAAAGAAGUGAGGCUUUAAGCAGUGAAAGUGAGAGACGUUCCUAUGAAAAAAAGAAGAAAUACGACGAAAACAAAAAAAGAACUUCUCGAACGCUUUCGAGCAGCGAGAGUGAUGACGAGAGAUAUUAUCGAAAGAAAAAAACGCGCGAGGAGAAGGAAUCAAGUCACCGACGUGAAGACAGGCGAAUAAGGGGAAGUGAAGGGGACAGAGGGAAGGAUUACGACUUAAACUCCAAAACCAAAAACGGGAAAAAAUAGAACUUUUAGCUCUUAAUGACUAAGAGAAAAGUAGCGACAGACAGUGGUUUGCGUUAACGAAGAGUAAACAAUGAUAUUUCGUUAGAAAUAUUUGUGCCAACUUUUUCAUUUAGACCCGAAAGUCGACGUACUUUUCAUUCAAAUGACUUCACACUUAAAACUUUCAUUGAGCCAAUCAGUAUGCCGAAAGCCUCAUCAUCAUUAUCCUAAUCACGCCAGGAGGUACAUGAGGCCAUCAGGCAUCGCUUAAAUUGUCCUUGUUGGUUAACAAAAUGUUAAAGGUUACUGGGCUGCACAAAAAAAUCUAAAAGUCAAUAUGUUGAAUCGGAAAUCCUGACAAUCAGACUCGACCGCCACAUCUGUAACAAUAUUAUUCCAACUGAUAAUAAUAACCACAGUCUCGUUACUUAUUUCCCCUGUACGAAUUUUCACAGACGUUAAUACUACAGGGCAUUGCUAUGGGCGUGCCCCCCACCCCCCAAAUUAUUAUUCUUUCAGCUAAAGAAAAUAGAAUUUACCAUUCAUCAAUGUUUACUGUUGUAAUAAGUUAAAAACGUUACAGUAAAAAGGCAUAAUAAU